UUAUGCCGGUUCGCUCAUUUGUUGUAAGUCGUUCCGAAGAACUUACUCCGAAUGGCUUGGUGCAACUCGAUGCUUAACUGAUUAACUCAUAACAAAUUAGCAGUGCAUUGCUUUUCGAUGGCUACAUGGACACAAAAUGCACCGACAGGUGUCAGCAAAAGACGACGUUGGAAUCUCGAAGAUCGUGCAUCACUGAACAAGCUAAAGGAACACAUUGCAGAAGAAGGCUGUCCACAGGUGCAAUUUGAUCUGGGGCGCAAGCUGCUAGAGAAUGCAAUAGAGCCCAAUAUGGCCCAUGAUAGCCAGAAAGCUGUUUAUUGGCUAGUCAGCGCUGCCCAACAAGGUCAUGAAGAUGCAGUGUGUCUGCUGCGAAAAUGCUACAAUGCUGGUAAUGGAAUUACAACGGAAAAUGCGGAAGAGGUCCGGCGCUGUCUGGCCAUGACGGCGGGAGAGCGAGCCGCACGGAAAGCAGCUCGCGAGCUCUUUGCAUGUCUGUCCAAUGGCAACGAGCACAUUACGCCCAAGCAGCUGGAGCGCAAAAUGCGUCGCAUUUAUAAUCUACAACGCAAACGACGACGUCGCGGAACCAAUGACGCCUCCUCAUCCAACACGGACGAGGAGAGCAGCGAGUGCGAGCACGAGCCUUUGGAAGAUGCUAUAACUAUAGGUCGUGGAAAUGUAGAGCGCCGUCGUUUUAUAACUGAGGCGCAUCUGGUAUCGGCUGCCUCAAACUAUUCCGCCGGCCGCUUGCCAAGCGUCAACGAUACAUUGACACUGUCCGUGCCCCAUCCGCAGAGUUUGGAUCAUGUGCCUUGUUUUUACCGCAUGAUCUUUCAUCCGUUGGUUUUCUUUACGCUACUUUACCAUCGAUUCAUUAACUUUAUCGUCACGUUGCCCGCCAUGCUACCUCUAAGUGCCCGUUGUAGCCUACUCGUUUUGCUGAGCUGGUGGAGCACCGUAGAAGACAGUGAACGUCAAAUGCUGCCAAUGAUUAGCUACUAUCUAAGUCUGGGCGUCAUGCUCUGGUCUACAUGCCGUAUGCUCAAGGCCAAACAACAAUUUGUGGACUUUCGCAUCUGGUCUGGCUUAUUUCUAAGCUACGGCGAUCACAACAUCGAAGCAGAGAUGUCGGAGCAACGUUUUCUACGUAACAAUAUGAAGCCGUAUCUGUAUUACUUUUGUGCUUUCAUUUGUAAUUUGAUUGUGUAUCCAUUGGUGGCAGACGCCUGGCUGCCCCACUCCGAGCUGACCAUCAUCUCGGGGGCUAACACAUUCAUCACUUUGGGCGUAUUUAUGUACGCUUCGUCCCAGCUCCUUCCGGACUGGCUAGUUGUCGUUUCGUUUGCUGUCAACGUGCUAGCCAAGUAUCCGUACGAAUUGGACGAAGUUGUUUCCACCCACUGGCGCUUUCUCGAUCUGCGCGUGCCCACCUUUUCCUCCUUUGUAAUUGGCAAUGGCAUCGAGUUUUGUCUUAAUUGCCGCACAGCUCUCUACUUACUGAUACCUAUUCUACUUGUGCUCCUGGCUAAACGCUCUAACUGGCAUGGCGUAUACACUUACCUAAUCCCACACUGCGUCACGCUUAGUUGGCUGCAGGUUUGCAUUGUAACCUCACAGAGCGCUACAGUGUUUGGCGCAAUGCGCGCAGCUCUCGGCCUAGCUGGCAUCGUUCUGUUCUUGCCGCUAUUUGGGAUUGUGGCAUUGCUGGUGCCAGUUUUCGUUGCCAUUGAUAGCUUGGGCUUGACAAGCGAGCAUCUGCGAUGGGGCACCACGGCCAUUGCCUGCGCUAUGGUGGUGCUGAUCUCUUGCGUCCUGGCAGUUAAUCGCUCCACUCAGAAGUACAUCACCAUGUUGCAGCUGCUUGUGGGACUCACCACCGCAUGUGUGCUAGUAUUUCCCUAUAUGACUUCCAGUUUUAAGGAUACUCCUCGAUUUAAUGCCAUGCCCAAUGUGGUUUCUAGUCCAACUGUCGGCAUGCACUCUUUGUCCGAUUCGCUGCAAUGGGAACGCUUCUAUGAGCUAUGCGCCCAGCCUGUUCACGAUCAGCCUAACAAAAUAAAAGCCCAACUACGCUGCUCCCAUCUUAAUGGCUUGCAUGUGGCUUGGGAAGGCAAAGUGUCGCACGUUCAAAUUGCUCGCGUAUACAAUAUACUGGAGGAUGUGAUAGCCAGUUACCUGCCCACCUUGUUGGGGAAGUUGUUGCGCUGUGUGUAUGGCGAAAACAUUGCGCAGCAUUUCGAGUGUAACCCCCAGCAGGAGACGCACUGCCUCGAGUGGCAGCGUGUAAUCAAGACGCUCAGUGCACACACCGGCCAAUGCACGCUGCAGCGUUGGAAUCGUUACGAGUACGAGCUGCUCGUUCAGGUGGCAUCGAGCAACAGCUUGCUAGGACGUGCGACUUUCACAUCGGAUGUAGUGCUGCGUGCUCAUCAUGACUUUGGCAAUUUUACGCAGAGACUGCAUCGCGGCGAUCGGAUAUCGUUCUAUGGCACUCUCCACAACUCGCGCCUGUUAGCUAACAAUGUGCGCGAACACUUUGUCCUCGGUUCCAGCGCUCCACCUCAGGUGGACCUGAAAACCAUAGAAUGCUUGGACUGCAAAUCCCCGGAUCUAGGCAGCGUGAGCAUACAGCGCAUGCAGGUUGCUUCCCCGGUGGAUGCACGCAUGCAGGAUCUCAUGCGGGGCAUAAAGUAUUUGUUGAAUGCCCUACUAAGUCCAUUAAUAACGUUUAAAUAGAUACCCAAAAUAGUCAUAGAAUAUUAUUAAUUAUAAACU